AUGAACAGCGGAGAUUCGAAUCAACAACAUCAUAUGCAACAGCAACAGCACCAGCACCAGCACCAGCAGUGGAUUGCGAUGCAGCAGUACCAACAGCAAUGGAUGGCCAUGCACUACCCGGCAAUGGCAAUGCAGCAGAUGAUUUAUAACCAUCAUUACGUACCGUACUAUCACCAACAGCAGCAGUAUCAGCAGCAGCAGAUUCAGAGCUCUACUGACGAUAACAAAACGAUCUGGAUUGGAGAUCUCCAACAAUGGAUGGAUGAAACUUAUCUCCAAUUGAGCGCGAGGCAAGGAGGAGUGGUGUUGUGCGAAGCUGCAACACUGAAGCUUUUUGCUGGAUUAAAGGGCUUGCAAAUGAGUGUUGUUGAUCAAGUUCGUGGUGCUUCUAUACAAUGUAUAUUUUCAGAAUGUUUUUGCCUAUUUGGAUGUCUCAAAUGGGUUUCUUCUUCUUCCUCUCCUCCUCCCUCUGCUUGUGUUCCUGCUUCUGCUCCCACACCUCCUGCUGAUUGUGAUUAUGAUUGUGAGGCUAGCUUGACUAAUUGCUGUGUUACAAGCUCUUCAGAGUAUAAUGUUUGUGUUAUUAUUCUGUAUAUGCCAUUGUUCCAAGUCAAUAAUUCUACGAGACAGACAUCAAUUAGUAACCAUGAUCAUCAAGCAAUUCACGUUGUUUCUGUCAAGGUCAUUUGCAAUAAGCAUAACGGUCAAUUGGACAGAUAUGGAUUUGUUGAGUUCAGUUCUCAUGCUGCAGCAGAGAAAGUUCUGCGUGGCUACAGUGACUGCUUGAUGCCAAAUACUGAUCAAACCUUUCGCCUAAACUGGACAGCCUUUAGCUCUGGUGAUAGGAGGACAGAUGGCGGGUCUGAUUUGUCAAUAUUUGUUGGGGAUCUGGAUAGUGAGGUUACUGAUGCCCUACUGCACGAAACCUUUGCUAGUAAAUAUCCAUCCGUCAAAGGUGCAAAAGUAGUUGUUGACUCAAACACCGAUCGUUCAAAAUGUUACGGCUUUGUCAGGUUCGGUGAUGAAAAUGAGAGAUCACGAGCCAUGAUGGAAAUGAAUGGAGUUUAUUGUACUAGUAGACCUAUGCGAAUCAGUAUUGCAACCCCCAAGAAACAAGCUACACAGCAACAGUAUUCUUCACAAGGUGGAUAUACAUCAAAUGAUAUCACGCCCCAAGGUUAUAAAUUUGAAAAUGAUUCAUCUAACACAACAAUAUUUGUGGGAGGACUCGACUCUGAUGUCACUGAUGAAGAGCUCAGACAGUCUUUUACUCCAUUUGGUGAGGUUGUCUCUGUGAAGAUACCGGCUGGAAAGGGACGUGGUUUUGUACAAUUUCUUAACAGGUAAUUCUAUGGUGCAAUUUAUCAUAAUGCAGAUAAUGUUCUGUACCAGUAAUCAUCGUUUUAGGAAAUAAAUCUGAUUUCUGGAUCUUUUUCAUUUUAUUAAUGAGCUAAUGAACUUAUAACUAAUAAGGGCUUCUUUACAAAUUAGCUAUUUUCUGAAAGUACAAUCUAUUAGCUAUCAGUUUUUAGGACAAAAACGUGCAUUGGAUAUUCCUGUUUCAACUUUCACUGAAAACUUAGUGCCAAACAAAGACAAACUGUCUAUGGAAGUAGCGUUUUUAAGGAGCUUGAGCUGCCUAUACAAAUUGAAAACCUUUCACUUUAAAGAUUAAUUGUGAUCUUGCUCUCUCAGCUCCAAAAUGUGCAGUGUAGUCAAUUUUUUUUCGUUCCUUCUUUUGGACCACUUUACUUUUAAGGGUUCUGACAUAACUGGUUCUGCUCAGAAACCUUCCUGCCUUCAGAAUAGAAGUAGAAGGUCAUGACUCUUUUUUUCCCUUUCUCUGUUUCUAGAAUCCCAGAUUCUGUUGCAGAAUUCUUGUAUUUUUCUCGUCUAAAGCACAUUGUGAGUGUAAGUUCAUGCACAUUAUAAAUAACGACUUCUACAUCCAUUUUCAUGCAAAGAAUGGAGAAGUUUGGUUUUCUGGAAUGUAACAGUGUAAUUAAGUUUGUUUCCAAGUUUCUAAAUUUUUCCCUAAUUGAUUAAUUCUCUUAGUCCUGUUAUCACAUAUUGGUUUGUUUGCAUUUUUAUUAUUUUUUCAUUUAAGGUAGUGUUUAAUUGCUCCACAUUUUCCAU